ACAGGCGAAGCGAGUCUGACCCCUCCCAUCCGAGCUUGCGGAGAGACGCAAGAUGGUAAACAAUUUUUGUUCACCGAUCACGUGGAAUUUGGAAGUGGAAGGAGCGAAGCGGUGAUGAAGCAGCUGGGGAAAAGAUUGGCAGAGAUGCAUCUGAAUGGAAAGAGUGACAGGUUUGGAUUUCACGUGCCUACUCAUUGCGGCGCUACCGAACAAGACAAUACGUUCGAAGACAAGUGGUCCACAUUCUGGACGGAACGCAGGAUUGGCGACCUCGUUCGUAGGUUGGCAGAUGCGGAUGUGACUCGCCUAGACAAAGAGCUUCGACAGCACGUUUGGCCAAUUCUUUUCUCGAAAGAGACGGAUGCGAAGAUCAAGCCCGCCAUCUUGCACGGCGAUCUUUGGAGCGGCAAUUACGGAGUCGGUCCGGACGGCACGGCAAUCAUAUUCGACCCAAGCUCGUAUUACGGUCACAAUGAAGCCGAAUUGGGCAUUUGUCACAUGUUCGGUGGAUUUAGCAGCGCUUUCUUUCGGGGAUAUCACGACGUGAUUCCAAAGCUUCAACCGCACUACGAAGAGAGACAAAAGGCGUACGAGCCUGCGCUACGCAUUCUUGGCGAUGCGUCGCAGCUGUAUCAUCACCUCAACCACGCUUUAAUGUUCGGAGGUAGCUACAAAUCGGGCGCUACUAGCAUCAUGAGGGAUCUGGUACGGUGGGGCAAGAGCCAAGGAGCAAGACAUCGGGCUGAUCUUUGAGAAGUAGAUGACCGUUCGUGUAUGACAGCCAGCAGCUGGACGACGUGUGAUCUCGUUGGCGUAGCUGCAUGGCGUCAUGAUGUGG